AAAGUUURUAUUUUUCUCAAGAUAGUGUAAAUUUCGACGCCGGGUUUUACUACUGAGAAAUCGUCUUGACUUCCGAAAUCUGAUUGAAAAGCAAAAGCGUAACUAAAAAAUAGCCAUGUUUGGUUUCAAUAUGUUCGAACCUAUACCAAGAACGUUCAAGACACAGUUUCGGUGUUAUUCAGUGGUGAUGUUCCCUGGGAACGAACGAGAAGACGUUGAACGUGGUGGCAAAAUUAUUAUGCCGCCUUCUGCCUUGGAUACUCUGACGCGGCUGAAUAUUGUUUACCCGAUGCUGUUCAAACUGACAAACAAGAAAAUAAACAGAUCAACACAUUGUGGUGUAUUAGAGUUUGUAGCAGAUGAAGGSAAGAUUUAUUUACCAUAUUGGAUGAUGAGAAACUUGUUAUUAGAGGAAGGUGCUCUUCUAGACAUUGAGAGCUCAUCUCUACCUGUGGCUUCAUUUGCAAAGUUUCAGCCCCAGUCAUGUGACUUUUUGGACAUCACCAACCCUAAGGCAGUUUUAGAAAAUGCAUUACGAUCCUUUGCAUGUUUGACUACUGGUGACAUCAUAGCUAUUAAGUAUAAUGAAAAGGUACAUAUUUAAAUCUGUACAUUUACAUGGCUUAUUAACACCUCUUAUAUUAAAUUACAGGUUGAGUUUGCAGCACCUCUUGGUUAUGUUGAACCAAACAGACAAGAAAAGACACAACAAAAAAUGGAAGAGGAGAAAGAUAUGCCCCACCCUGCCACACAAGUAACCAAAUUGGCUUUUACUGGAGAGGGAUUCCGAUUAGAUGGUAAAAAGAAAAAAAAUAAUGURUCUUCAGAACCUGUGCCAUUAGAACCUGUCGUCAUUAGAAGGGGCAUACCAAAUUAUGAGUUCAAGAAAGGAAAGAUAACAUUCAAAAGAAAUUUAAACAAAAUUAAUAAUACACAGAACAUUGAGAAGUCUGAAACAGAAUUUGAAGCAUUUGGCGGGGUUGGCAAGACCAUACGUCAAAAGCGGAAAAAGUAAAUGGUAGAAAAUGUAUUAGAUAUUAAGAAAAUGUUGGCAAUUAGUUUGUGCUGAAAUUAUAUAUUAUUUGAAAUGAACAGUAUUCCUAGUCUUCUUAACAAACAAAUGUUUCUCUUCUAAACAAAAAUUAAAAUUUAUUCUAAAAACUAGACUUCUMRUUGGUAGAACAUCAGUACAAACCCARGAAAUGCUAGGCAAACAUCAGUCUGUAUUUUUAUGAAUAACUCCACAYACCUUUGAGCYWUUAUUUUCUAUCUUGCAGCUUUAAUUGAAUUUACUAUAAAAAUGUACUUUCUGGGCUGGGUUGCUCAAAGCCUGAUUAGCAUUAAUCCAGGGUUAACUCCAUUUAGGUUUUCUAAGAGUCAACCCAGGAUUAGCACUAAUCAGGCUUUCAAUGACCUGGCCCUGUACAACAUAUCCAUUUUGAUGUUUGUAUUCUAAUGCAAAAAACUUUGUUUAUACACCCUUUUAAUAAGUCCCAUGGUAUUGUUUUCUCCGCACUUGACGUCAAAUUUAUUCUUUUGAAACUUUUACAAUACAAAAGGAAUUCAAAAGAAUAAAUUUGACGUCAAGUGCGGAGAACGUAAUACCUCGGGACUUAUUAAAAGGGUGUAUAUUCUAAUGCAAAAAAAAGUGUAGCAGACUGAUACAAACUUUGCAAAUUCCACUUUCAUGAAAAUGUCAUCUUAUUUUGUUGCUAUAGACGAGAGUGUAAUUCAUGUACUAGUCAAUAGCUUUGCAAUUGUUUCAUUUAAAUUAUAAUUUAUUUGUAUCAACAUUGUUCUCGAUUUUCAAAAAGUGUGGAUCUAACAUUGGAUCCCUGAACCUCAAACUACAUAAAAAAAGAAUGACAAAGUAACAAGACAGGUGAAAACUGAGAGAUCUCUACGUGCAACUAAGCAUUUUCUGCAACAUUUCACUCCUAACAACUACAGUGAGAAACACUAAAACCAUGAUAAACUAUAAUUAAAUAGUGCUAAAUAGUAUUGAAUUACGUGAAUUUGUUUCUAUUCUUUUGUUCAAUUCAAUAUUAUAUUCUGCUAUUUAGAACUUUUUAUUUUGCACUUUUUCAUGCUUUUAGUGUGUUGUACUUUAAAAUGAAAUGCACUCAGAAAAAACUCUACCAAACUAUUUUUAAAAAUUCCCUACGCUUUUGCAGCCAGCCCUUUUGUUAGGCUUCCUUCCUUAUCACAAAAAGGUAGGAUGUCAGAAAAGUAUGAAACAACUACUCAUCUACUCAUUACCUAGUUGAUAACUAAAUUUUAAUUUUAAUAGGCACUUAAUCGACUAUUCUUAACACUCAAGUACAGGUGGGAAUAGCCUCGUUCCUAGGAUGGAAAACAAUAGAAUAAACAAUGAAUUUACAAAUAGAUUUGGGGCUAUUCUUGUACUAGAAUUUUAAGAAUAGUUGAUAGUUAAGCCUUGCUUCACACUUUCUUGACAUGCACUCUACUGUUGAGCAUAAAUAAUAAAUUUUUGUAAUAAUU